AUGAGGCGUGACAGUGACAUUAAUACGGAACCCACGGGAACCGGACUGGCCUGGGUUUGGCCACUGGCCGCAGCUCCGAGAUCGUUCUCCCGCGGCCAAGAGAAAAAAAAGGUUAUUGCAGCUGCGAGUCAUCCACGCCUCCGUUGUCGCAAAUUCCUGAACCCGCAAGAAUUCACCAACCCCUCUUCCCUCCUCGUGCCGUCAAAGACCUCCAAACAGCGUCAAGUUGAAGAUCUCCCAAUCUCCAAUCUCCAGACUGCGCUGCUUGGCCUCAGCAUGAGCGUGCUCCCAAAUUCGGACGGUGUCACGCCUCCGACCAAUGGCAAGCCGGAAAGCCAUUGGGUCGUUCAGAAGUUCGGCGGGACCAGUGUGGGCAAGUUCGCUUUCAACAUCGUCGACCAAGUGAUACGUCUUCGUGAGCACAAAGUAGCCAUCGUCUGCUCAGCCAGAAGCAGUUCGUCCAAGGCCGAAGGCACGACCAAUCGUCUCCUUCGUGCGGCUCGAGAGGCGGAACGUGCCCAAUCGCGUGACUAUGUUUCUUUAGUGGAAGCGGUUCGAUUAGAACAUGUCCAGGUGGCCGAGGCACAGAUACAGUCCGUCGAACUGCGGGAUCGUCUGAUCGCAGAGAUCGGGGAAGAGUGCACUCAUGUGCUAAAGGUACUAGAGGCUGCUCAGACGCUCGGAGAGAUUAGCGCUCGAUGUGUCGACAAGGUGAUGAGUACCGGAGAGAAGCUCAGUUGCCGCUACAUGGCCGCGCUUCUUCAGGACAGAGGAGUAGACGCUCAAUAUGUCGACUUGGCUGAGAUCAUUGACUUCGUUGUCGGUAGCAAUGGCCUCGACCAAGAAUUCUAUGACCAUCUUGCCGCUCUCCUAGGCAAGAAGGUGGGAGCUUAUGAUGGGAAAGUGCCCGUCGUGACAGGAUACUUUGGUUCCGUGCCUGGAGGUUUGCUGGACAAAAUCGGCCGUGGAUACACUGAUCUCUGUGCUGCUCUUGUCGCGGUAGGAAUCAACGCGAGGGAGCUACAAGUAUGGAAAGAAGUGGACGGUAUCUUCACUGCGGAUCCGCGAAAGGUCCCGACAGCACGUCUCCUACCAACCAUCACCCCGUCAGAGGCCGCCGAGUUGACCUUUUAUGGAUCAGAAGUGAUCCAUCCAUUCACUAUGGAACAAGUCAUACGGGCAAAGAUUCCUAUACGGAUCAAGAACGUGAUGAACCCCAAGGGCAGUGGCACAGUGAUAUACCCUGAUUCGCAUGCCGAACUUGAGCGGACCACACCAGGACACGAUCCAAGACUUUUUCGCACAAGAAGCCCCAGCAAUCUAUCGCAGCUCCAAGGCCCCAAAAGGCCCACGGCCGUCACAAUCAAACACAAGAUCCUCGUCAUCAAUGUGCACUCCAACAAACGUUCGCUUUCCCAUGGCUUUUUCGCCGGCAUAUUCUCUGUCCUCGACCGGUGGCGCCUAUCCAUCGACCUUAUAUCCACCAGCGAGGUCCAUGUUUCCAUGGCUCUUCAUUCGGAGAUGCCAUUGUUGAACGGCGUUGGCCGCGACGAGUACCAGGUCAUCGACGAGGAUCUGCGUGGAGCCCUUGAAGACCUGAGGAAAUACGGCACCGUGGAUAUCAUUCCUGGAAUGGCGAUCUUGAGCCUUGUGGGAAAACAGAUGAAGAAUAUGGUGGGCGUAGCAGGACGGAUGUUCUCCACUCUUGGGGAAAACAACGUUAACAUCGAAAUGAUCUCGCAAGGCGCUAGCGAGAUCAACAUAUCAUGUGUCAUCGAGGAGAGAGAUGCCGAUCGGGCGAUCAACAUCCUUCAUACGAGCAUGUUCACCUUCCUAGACGACUAA